CAGACGUGCUCUGCAGGGCGCCCGGGCCGUGCGCACGAGGUUCCCGUGCGAGCCCCGCCGACCCCAGAGCCCGAGACGGAGAGUGAGGAGCCCAGCCGCCGGCAGCCCGCGUCUGGCCCCGAGAAGCCGCCUGAAGAUGCCCCACCGCAACCUACACGCGGCUGCCGUCCUCCUGCUCCUGGUCUUAAAGGAACAGCCUUCCAGCCCAGCCCCACUCAACGGAUCCAAGUGGACCUAUUUGGGUCCCAAUGGGGAGAAGAGCUGGUCCAAGAGCUACCCAUCAUGUGGGGGCCUGCUACAGUCCCCAAUAGACCUGCAUGGUGACAUCCUCCAGUACAACGCCAGCCUUGUACCCCUUGCCUUCCAAGGCUACAAUGAGACUGCCAACCAGCAGUUUGUCCUGACCAACAACGGCCAUUCAGUGAAGCUGAAACUGUUCGAGGACAUGCACAUCCAGGGCCUGGGGCACCGCUACAAUGCCUCACAGCUGCACCUUCACUGGGGGGACCAGAAUGAACCCCACGGCUCCGAGCACACUAUCGGUGGGAAGCACUUUGCCGCUGAGCUGCAUAUUGUCUAUUUUAACUCGGACCUGUACCCCAAUGCCAGCAUCGCCAGUGACAAGCCAGAAGGCCUCGCUGUCCUAGCUGUUCUCAUAGAGAUGGGCUCUUUCAAUCCAUCAUAUGACAAGAUCUUCAGUCACCUCCCAGAUGUAAAGUACAAAGACCAAAAAGUGCACAUCCCGGGUUUCAGCAUUGAAGAGCUGCUGCCAGAGAGGCCUGAAGAGUACUACCGCUACAGGGGGUCCCUGACCACACCUCCUUGCCACCCCACUGUGCUCUGGACGGUGUUCCGGAACCCUGUGCAAAUUUCACAGGAGCAGCUGCUGGCUUUGGAGACAGUCCUGUACUGCACACACAUGGAUGACCCGUCCCCCAGAGAGAUGGUCAACAACUUCCGGCAGGUCCAAAAGUUUGACGAGAGGCUGGUGUAUGUCUCCUUCAGACAAGUGCCAGACUCUACCUACGCAGGACUGAACUUGGGCAUCAUCCUUUCCGUGGCUGUGGCCGGCGUUCUCGGCAUCUGUGUUGUCUUGGCUGUAUCGAUUUGGCUUUUCAGAAGGAAGAAGAGCAGCAAAAAAGGUGCCAACAAGGGAGUCAUCUACAAACCGGCCAUCAAGCAGGAGACAGAGGCCCACGCCUGAGGUCCUGGCACGCCAGGGGCACAUCCAGGAAAGGACCUGGCUCUGGAUGCAGCUCGCCGUGGCUCCCUGGACACUUGGGAUACCAGAGGGUUCUCUGGAGCUCAACCCACAAACACCCCAGACCCUUGGGGGCCUUGAGCGGAGUGCUGUGCCAUCCUGAUGCCACACCAGCCCCAGUGGGAUCGUGGAUGGGAAGAGCUGGCUGGGGUGGGGGGUGGGGCAGGAACUCUGAGCUGUCUGCUUCAUCUGUGUGAGACCACUAAGUGGUCCGCAUUCUGGAGACACAAACCAUGUUGCCUGCUGGGGGCCAUUAUUGGUUGGGAAACACUUUGAUCCAGGGGAUCACUUGAGGUUUCGAGAUCCUAGGAGUUCUGCUGCCUGUCCACACUUUCAGGCCAGAAAGUGUCCUCUCUCUGCUUAGGCUUGGCUUUCGAGACGCAGCUUCUUUCCUUGGGGAAGGGCUUGGUGUCUGACUUCCUCCUGCUGCAACUAAACCUUUAGUCUGACCUUAUAGCUGGUGGGGGUGGGUGGGUAAGGGAGUGGGGAGCAGGAAGGGUCAAGGUGUUAGAGAAAAAAGGAAACAAGAUAAUAUUUUUUUGAAGUAGAGUUAAGGCAUUUUCCAAUCCUGUCCUUUGGGUCCGACACAGAGAUUGAAGUGGGGCAGAAUCUGAGGACCUCAGAGCGAGUGAGAAGACACGGGAGAGUCUCACUGUGGAAACAGAAUGGGAAUCACAAGUUGCCUGUCAGGCCCUAAGUGUGAGAAGGACCACACUUAUCAAGCCCAGCCCCUCCUGUCAGGGGCCUCUGUACUUGUCACACUCUACAGAUUUUAAAAAUAAUUAGGCUAUUCAUGGAAAAUGUGGUGUUGCUUUCUCUCUCCUAGAGUAGACGUGAAUUCUGAGAGGACCCAAACUGCUCCUGAAUCUAGAGCAAACAGGCAGAAGCAGGACUAUUGAAGAACGUUCUCUCUUCUGCCCAAAUUUCAUUUCGGUCACCUUUAUGGCGUCCCUACUGUCAUCCUGGAAUUGGGAUUUAACUACUUUUCAGAGGAUGUCCAGUUGUAGGGUAUUUAGGGGCCAGAAAUAGUGGAAUGUUACAAAGAUUCUUCCUGGUCUUUCCCUCAAGUGACAAAGAGGGUUUCUGGGAAGAAUUAACUUAUUCUCCUCCCAUCGACAUAAGAGCCCAGGAGAGACCGAACGGUUUCAUGACUGGGCAAGAGCCCCACCACCAACGCCUCACGGCAGGCACCUUGCAUCUCACAGAGAACCUUUUAUAUAUAUAUAUAUUUGUUUUUGUUUUUUGGGUUUUUUUUUUUUUUUGUCUUUUUUUGCUAUUUCUUGGGCCGCUCCCACGGCAUAUGGAGGUUCCCAGGCUAGGGGUUGAAUCGGAGCUGUAGCCACCGGCCUAUGCCAGAGCCACAGUAACGCGGGAUCCGAGCCACGUCUGCAACCUACACCACAGCUCACGGCAACUCCGGAUCAUUAACCCACUGAGCAAGGACAGGGACUGAACCCGCAACCUCAUGGUUCCUAGUCGGAUUCGUUAACCACUGCGCCACGACGGAACUCCCAUAUAUACAUAUUAGGGCUGCACCCAUGGCAUACAGAGGUUCCCAGGCUAGGGGCCCAGUUGGAGCUACAGCUGCCGGCCUAUGCCACAGCCACAGCAAUACAGAAUCUGAGGGCACCUGUGACCUACACCAUAGCUCAUGGCAACUCCGGAUCCUUAACCCACUGAGCGGGACCAGAGAUCAAACCUGCGACCUCAUGGACAAUAGGCAGAUUUGUCUGCUGUGCCACAACAGGAACUCCUCACAGAGAACCAUCUAAUUCCCAUACUCAUUUUGACAGCAUGGAAUAUCCUCUCGAAGCCUAGGUUUCUUUAGAUCAUCUUUCCCCCACUGCUCCUCCUGCUACCUCUGAGCAGUCUUUUCCCUUCUCUCUGUCACAGCUCUUUGUAGUGAUGUCAAGCCCUACGUCUUCUUGGCUUGUUUGAUAGGCAGAGUUAGAGAUGACCCGAUGGAGAUGCGGGGGUGCGUGUGCACUUGAUCUCUGGCUGCCCUGGAGCUGGGGAGGCAGCUUAGCCUUGCCAGCCUGAUGCUGAUCGAAUGACAGCAGGGACAACCCUCAGAACCAUGCAGUGUAAAUUAGACAAUGCUUUCUGGGCCUCAGCCCAAAACUGCCAAUCAGGAACCAACCUAAACCAUUCCAGAGCUUGGGGCUUCCAAAAAGCUCUCCACUGCUUUUGUGGACAAAUAUUGUGAAAGAACAGAGAGAUCAUUGUACCUGGCACAAUGGCUAUUCAUAAAGUGGCAGCGUUACUGGGCUGGUGGAGACAGUGACAUUUCUCCUGCCCACUCCUCUCUCAGCUCAGCUUGAAGCCCUCCUGGCUCAGAGGAAACAAAGCCAGGGAGGCUGAAGGCUCCAAGAAUCAACACUGUUGCCUUCCUUGCCAAUACGUGUGGGACCCCAGAGGACUCAGCUCUGGAACUUUUCCUCAGGUUCUCACUCAUUCCCUGACACUGGCUGCUAGGGGAGGAAACUAGUGCGGAGGUGCUGAAGGUCCUGGGCUCACACUCCCCCUCCCCAUCCCUACCAGAGGGCCUGCAGGCUGUGCCAGGCACAUGGCAGGUAGAGGUAACAAAAGCGAGGCCCAGGCUGGCACGGGAGCACUGGCUUCUUUGCCUCUCACUAAGGGGAGGUCUUUAGCCUCUCUGCUCUGUUUCUUUAAUGUCAACUGACAGUAAAAAGCUACACUUGCUUCCCUAGUAGACCUAAGAUUUUGCUCUAUUGUCUGUUAAUCGCAUUUUAAGUUCUACCUUGAAUUCUUCUCCCCUUCGCUAAACCCUCUGAAGGCUUCUUUAGUGACCCUUGGGAAACAGGGGGAUGGGCAGCUUCUCUGUCCCUGUGCCUUGAAUGGACCUUCGGCCACUGUGCUGAUGGUCCGUUUAGCACUUCUGUAUUUAUUGUAAGAAUGACUGCAAUGAAGACAUUCACUGUAAAUAUGAGAAAUUAUAAAUAAAAUGUUUUUCACACCAGA